UGCGUGGGGAGCGCAGGUGAUGUCACCCGCUUCCUGAGGGAGCCUCGUUGGUUGGUUGGUUCGUUCGUUCCCUCGGCGGUUCAGCCGAAGUCCAGGCCGGGGAACCAUGGAGGCCACAGAUCGAGGCGCAGGCGGUGGGGCCGGCGGUCCCGAGGGUCAGCGUGGCCCGGGAGACCGCGGUGUCCCAGAUGGCCCCGGAGGCCACGAGGGCCCCGGCGGAGGUGGUGAGGGAGAGGAGUGUGCCGCGGCCCGUGCGGCCCCGCGGGUCGCGCAGGCGCCAUGUGCUCCGGUCCCCGGCGCAGCUGCCGUGCCAGGGCUUGGCGGACACCCUUUGCCGGGACCCGGUGGCCAAGGCGGGCCCACAGCCGGAGGGCCGGGGAGCCGGCCGCUGCAGUUCUACGUCACCAUGCCUUUCCCGUCACCCACGGAGGCACAGGUGGCCCACCAGUGUCUGGCGACACAGGGCCAGCCCCAGGUCGGGGCAGUUGGGAAGGAGUUCACGGUAUCCGGCAACGUCCUAGUUAUCCGACUGACUGCCGAAGACCCUGGCCAACUCCAGGUUUCCAUCGCCUCCUGUCUUGACCAGCUUUCCCUGUUGGUUUCGACCAUGCAGCGCUUCGUGCCCCCGUUUUUCAGACUGCCGGAGCCAGGCAAAAGGGGCUAAUUGUAACCUAGCGUCCCUUCCUUCCCUCGGGCGUCCAUUCCGAUGCUGGUUGCCGCUUUAUUACGGGGGUCUAAUUGUUUGUAUUGGACUUUGGGCCUUGUUUUUCCCUAUUGCUGGAGGAGGGGCGUUCUUACAGCAGAAAAUAAAACUAUUUUUCCGCA